AUGGACUCCCGCAUCGGUUUACCCGUUCCAUAGAGGGCCACUGGUGUACCAUUUGAGCACAAGAGUUUUGUCACAAAUGCGGCCAGUCUCCCUUCUCCUACAACAAUUGCUGAAGCCAUUUCUGGAACGACGAUGAAUUACAUCACAUUGACCGAUAACACGUUUGCUGAAAAGAAUGCCGUUAUCAGUAACAUUCUAAAGGAAUGUGAAAGUAGAACAACACUGAUGUUCGAGCCAGACAGGAAAAAAACUUUACCGUCAGAGAAAGACGGAAAGAAUUUUCAAAAUAUGGAUGCGAUAUUCCUGAGAGCUGAUAUUAAGAGUGCAUCCAAUGGCCCAAAACGUAUCAAAAACUAG